ACGACACGAAGACGAGGCGGCUGGGGGGACGUGGGACGUGGAGAAAAUGCACCCACGGAUGGAGGCGGUGGCUGGCUGCUUUAGCUUGAGCCCGGCGCGUGGAGCCGAGACAUGAUGAUGAUGAUAAUGGACCUCGAUGGCGGCGCCGUCGACCUCUCGCAUGCGUGGGACGACCGACGGACCUGUAACCUGUAACCUGUGGCGGUAGCAGUAGCAGUGGCAGGACGAGCUCUUGGCGUGGGGGAGGGAGUGAUAGUGCUUGCUGUGGGAUGCGUGGCUUGGAGAGGGGGCCUCACGAUGUCUCAUCCAACUAUACACUAAAUAUGGCGAAGCGGGUUUCCAACGACAGCCACAUAAUAUAUACGCUUACACAUACUAUCAUGGUACUAUGGUACACGUGUGCGCAGCUGCAUGCAGAUAUGCCGGCUCUUCCCCCCCUCUCCAUGCUGCUACACCCACGCACGUGGUUGUGGCUUGCUCGCUUGUCUGUCUCAUCUAGCUGCCGUCUGGCUGGGCUUGGAGCCAGGAUGUGGGGUUUCCUUCUUGAUAACACUGCGAUACGACCAAGUGUGUGGGCUUCUGCUUGCUGCUGCUGCUGCUUGCAUGGUCUUUGUGUAUCUUUGCAUCAUGCAUACCGUGGGGGGACUGCAUGCGGUGUGCGUGUGUCGGUGUGUAAAGUAAGUAUCUUUGCCGCCGUUGAAUUUCCGUUGCUUCAGACCAUCACCAACCCAGGCAGAAUCAUACACUGCGCCCCCCUCGUCAGAUUUGAGCAGCACGCUGGGCAUCAGUGUAGACCAUGGAGGAGGCUCUGCCAAAGAAGUCCCAUUCCAGACCGAAUGCCCAAAAGAGCCAGCCCGUCAGGCUUUUGGGACAGGGUGGCACACCAGCCAAGGGGGACCCCGGGAUGCAGACAGGGCCCUUCUGUAACAAGGAGAUACCUCUCCGUCCGUACCUUGCUUCCAUGGGCACCAAUCAUUACGGGACGACAACACCGAAGGGUCUGGGGGGUUUCCCAUGGGUGAAGGAACCUUCUUCGGCGUUUCGUUUUUGUGUGCCUGUCUGUUGGCGAUCAGGGUCUCCCGGCUGGCUGGUCGACUGACUCGCACGUACGAUAUCGCGUUGUUGCGCUGCUGGGGCGCUUGGGAGAUGGAAUUUAGGUGCUUCUAGAUCGAGCAUGGACCAUUCGGCUGGGGAUCAGCAUAUGGCCAACUGUCAUUGAUGUGUGGCUUGCCAAUCUCGCUUGGACUAGAGGCGGUUGAUGUUCAGCGCGCCCAAAUGGCCUCUCAUGCAUCAAGUACCUCAAGGACCCGGCAUCAAAC